AUGUUUGUUGAGUUACUGUCGAUAUUCGGCAUAGUGACGGGGUUUAUCCUCGUUGUUUUGGCUAUAGCCUCGGGACUGUACUAUCUAUCUGAGCUUGUGGAAGAGAACACAGAGUUCACAAGAAGAUUCUUGAGCAGGUCAAUUAACUCAAUAGUGGUUUUGCUGAUAUUGCUAUGGAUUGUGGACGGUUUUCCAUUCAAACUGACGCUUUUCUCUCUGGCAACCUACUAUGUCUACCAUCUGAAUAUGAAGACCUUUCCCUACAUCAACCUCACAGGCCCAAUAUUCGUGUCCUCUUGCAUUCUGGUAAUGUUGAACCACUAUUUGUGGUUUCGCUAUUUCAGCAAUCCAUAUAUACCUUCGAUUGAGGAGAGACUCUCGCCUGGCUAUAAACCUCCCCACAUAUGCAGUUUCCCCGAGGUUGCCAGCUUCUUUGGUGUUUGCGUGUGGUUUGUUCCGUUUGCCCUCUUCAUCUCUCUCAGUGCUAACGAGAACACCCUUCCUUCGAAUAUGCAAGAUUUGAACAGAUUCGGAGAAGGCGAGGGUAACAAAGACGAUUCCGAAUCACCCAGGGCCAAGGGUGUGGGUUUGGUCAAGAUUGUCAUAGGACUCGUCAAAGAAAGGGUCACUUUGGUGUUUAGAAUGUUGGGAUACGAACUCGAUCCAACUCAUGGAAGAAUUAUAUAG